GGCACCGUCGCUAAGUAAAGCCAAGCUGCAUCGUUACAGGCAGUUAAUCUUGCAUUCAUUGCCUGACCUUGACCUGACGUUGUCGCGUCAUCUCCCAACAGCAAACUGUUUUAACACCAUCGAACCAUUCUUGCCUCGACAAGCGUAGGAAGUACAGAAAACCCAACACCUGGUUUGACGAUGGAUCGAAACCAACAGCAGCAGGGCGGACUGGGCCCCCGCCAUGACUCUGCUUCCAGAAUCCAAAAGCCCGAAUCGGCUGCCGACCGCAUGGCUGCCCUUAAAGCCCGAGUCGCGGCAGCAGUUGGCGGUGCGAAGGCUAAGGGUGGUCUCAAUACACCCCUACAUCCCGCCCUCGCCGACCUUAAUGCCCCGGUCAAGCCGAGCGACUCCCUCAGAGCAUCCUUCGGUCAGCGCUCUACACCAGACGCGGGCAAGCCUGCGAGAGGGAAACCACUGGGUUUCUCGACGACAACACAAGAUGGCCCCCGGACGAACCCAUAUCUUGAUACGAGCAGUGCGCCGACGGGCAGGGCGAGGGAGCCGAGGCAGCUUGUUUUCAACCAAAAGGGCAAAUACAUCCAUCAGGCCAACGCGCUGCGGAGGCAGGCUGCGCUGGAGGACAUGAAGAGGAGGAUCGCAGAGCAGGCUCGCAAGGCAGGGCUGGAGGAGGACCGGGCCGUUGAGAAGGCGUUUUUGGUUGAAGCGCCUCCCGAGCUGGAGUGGUGGGACGAGGGGCUCAUCGACGGGAAAGAUUACAGCAACAUCCCCCAGUCUCUCAAGAUCACGACGCCGGACAGCAUCGUCACGCUAUACAUUCAGCACCCCGUCGCGAUCGAGCCUCCGCAAGACAAGCUGGCGCCAGCGCCCAAGCCCAUGUACCUGACACCCAAAGAGCAGCAAAAGCUACGGCGGCAACGGCGUAUGAUGGAACUCAAGGAGAAGCAAGCCAAGAUUAGGCUAGGCCUCGAGCCAGCCCCCCCGCCGAAAGUCAAGAAAUCCAACCUGAUGCGUGUCCUGGGCGAAGAGGCGGUAAAGGAUCCGACGGCCGUCGAGGCACGCGUCAACCGCGAAAUCGCCGCGCGCUUCGACAAGCAUAUGGAGGCCAACGAGGAGCGCAAACUUACCAAGGAGGACCGACACGAGAAGCUGGCCGCGAACCAGGCCAAGGACGCAGCCAAGGGCAUCCACGUGGUCGUGUUCAAGAUCGGCAACCUCGCCAACGGGCAGCACCGCUACAAGAUUAACAUCAACGCUACGCAAAACGGCCUCAGCGGCGUGUGCAUCAUGCACCCCAAGUUCAAUCUCGUAAUUGUCGAGGGCGGCGAGCACAGCGUCAACAGCUACAAAAAGCUUAUGCUCCGCCGCAUCGAUUGGACCGAGUCUCUACCCUCGCGUGAGAAGGAUGCCGCCGCUGCUGCCGCGGCAGGAGGUGGUCAAGGUGCCGUGCGGGAGUGGCUCAAGGGGGAGGACGAGAACGGGCAGCUCAAGGACUUGUCGGCGAACAAGUGCGUGCUGGUUUUCGAGGGCGAGAGCAAGGCGCCCGCCUUCAAGAAGUGGGGGAGCAAGGUGUGCGAGACGGACGGGGAGGCGAGGGAGUUCCUCUCUCAUCGGAAGAUGGAUAACUUCUGGACGCAGGCCAAGAAUACCCCGAUGUGAGGGCUGCGGGAUAGACGAUCGGUGGAGACAGCUGCAGGCUACACGCAGCCAUAUACUUGUUUCGACGGUACAGAACCCGGAGACAUCUUACCAGCAUAUGCA